CAAACGUCGCCUGCGCUCUGGCUUUGCCUUGGUCUUGGCCUAGAGUCAGGGUGCGUGCUAGUGCGUGCUGCAGAAGCUGACAGUUGCUGUUUCUCUGUGUUGUUUGCUUCUGCUCUCAGGUUCCUCGUAGUAUUUCAGGGACCCUCCCCCCCGACUUGUAACAAGCCACCCUUCUACGCUUCGAAACAAACUUGUUCUCGGUCCACAGGCUUCGUUGGCAGAGUCUAUCUCGCUCGUACAUUUCUUCGCUGAAUACAUAUAUAAGUUACUUUACUUAUUAGCUUGUGCUUCUCGCUGUCUGGAUACAGAGCAUCGAUCUGUUCUCACUUCCAACUCGCUCACUCACUUACACCAACCGCAAACGCUUUGAAAGCACUUACACAACAAACAAGAUGCAUUUCUCCAAGCUCAUCCUGGCUGUUCUGCCUGCCUUCGCUCUCGCUAACGAGGGUACCACCACUCACACGUCCACCGCCGUCGUUACCAAGACCUACUAUCUCUCCCAGGUACACACAAUCACCGCCACUGGUGUGAGCACCACUGCUGUCGAGACUUCCGUCGAGGUUACUUCCACAGCUCUCGCUGAGGAGACCACCACCUUCUGGCCUGUUUCCCAGAACAACACCACUCCCGUCUCUACUCCCAAGGCCUCUAACACAGCUGGUACCACAGGUGGUUCGUCCGAGCCCUCUGAGGUUCCUGGCAACGCCGGAUCUGCCGUCGCCGUCGGCAAGUUCGCUGUGGUCGGUGUUGCUGGUAUGGUUGCCGCUGCUCUUCUGUAAGCGCGUUCUGCAUGGAAUGAGGUUUCUUGAGAAUCUCACGACUGUCGACUUGCUUCAAUGUCGACAACAACCGCUGUUCCAUUUCUUGUCCAUUUACCUUUUAUACCCUGGCCACCAGCGCGGCCUAUUCUUUAUGAUGAAACGCCACGAUACCAACAGCAGGCCGACACUUGUCGCCUGCUUCACCCUUGAUGAGUUUUGAGACUCUGCCUCCUGGAUAGCUUGACUGCUUCCUUACGCUUCAUCACGCCCACUCCAUUGACAAAACACGCGGGCUUUCAACUCUUGCUGUUUCUUUCUUCCCUGGUGGCAUAUACCUAGCGCGUUGACUGCGCUGCGCUUGGUUCACCCUUUCGAGUUGUGUCUUGUGUUGAAGGGUAGCCGUUGAUGUCCCCAAGCCUGUUGACCUUCACCAUACAUAUCACCAUUCCAACUUUCCUCACUUGAGGCUAUCACUCCCAGGCUUGGUAACCACUCAAUGGCUUUGAGAUCAUAUCCCCUUUUCACCACGACAACUGGUAUAUGCUCCUGGCUGGAGACCCCUUUUACCACAUUUAUUCAGUCAACACCUCUUCACUCGACUCUGCUGCCCUGUAGAGAGUCGUUUCCAAAGGGACGGGGACGACGUCGGCGACGUGGAAAAUAAUCCAUAUUCACUUCAGUAACUCUGCUUCUCGGAUGAACUGGCUUUACUAUACUUCUCUUUUGGCGAUACCCCCUUUUUACGACGGCGUAGGUGAUCCAGGAUCUAGCUCUGCUUGAUCCUCGGAGGAUGGUUUGCAGCUUGGAGCAUGGCUUUGAUUUAAUUCGGAAGGGGUGGGAUACGAUUUACAUGAAUAAGGAGGAUUGGUGAAUUUUUGAGUGUCCGACACCGGACCAACGAUGAUGAGCCACGAUAGAUGGCUAGUAGAUAGUAUGAGAGCAAUAGACUUUGUCACGCUCAACGAUGCUUGGACCUUGCGUGAAAGUGAAGACGGGAGACCAGGUGUCGCCAAUUCGAAAUGGCGUGGAAACCAAGGUCCGGUGACU